AUGGAGACUCUUGAAAAUGUCUCGAAUUUCGUCAUAAAAGAAAAGAAUUUCGAUAAUGACGACGACGAUGACGACGACGAUAAGGAGAACGUGGCGGUAAAGCGCAUUCCCGAUGAGCCGAAGGUAUCGUGUGGCAACCGUGAGGUGAAUAAGAUUUUUCCACAGCAACAGCAGCGGACACGGACAAAUCGAUCGCCGAGACUCAAAAGCACCGGUACCCCGACGUUGUUAUACAUCGACGGCAACGGACUCGCGGAUGCAGCAGCAGUGAAACGCAGAAUCCCAAGACCGGCGAAUGCCUUCAUGCUGUUCGCCAACGAGUGGCGAAAAAAAUUUGCCGCGGAGAAUCCUCGGGAAUCCAACAAGGACAUCAGUGUCAGGCUAGGCAUUUUCUGGAAAAGCAUGUCAAAAGAUGUAAAGGAAAAAUACUUUGCACUGGCGCGUGAGGUGGACAGGGAGCAUAAGAGAAAGUAUCCUGUGAAUUUUUCCGACGACGAUGAUGUCAACGACGAGGACGACGACAACGAUGACGAUGACGAAGAGGAGGUCGACGUCGGCUGA